AUGUCCUCAGGCUCAGAGAACAGAACUCCGAUUCUUUUGUGUCUAUUUUUCUGGGCUUCAGUUUCUCUUCGUUUUCUGAUUCUUACCAAACAUAUUUAGAAAAAUAAGGGAAAGCUUGAGAAAGUGGUUGUGUUUGGUUUCAGAGCUUCGAUAGGACUGGAAAUGAAGAAAUCACCGCUGCCGCUACAGAGCAUUCGCGGUUCCGUGAAGCAGGUUUGCGGAAAGGAAGCUCUGGUGAAGCUUCUGAGGUGGCAUUUCGGUCAUGCUGAAUUUAGAGGCAGGCAGUUUGAAGCUAUCGAAGCUGUUCUCUCGGGGAGAGAUUGUUUUUGUCUGAUGCCAACUGGUGGAGGGAAGUCAAUGUGUUAUCAGAUCCCUGCACUGGCGAAACCUGGAAUUGUGCUUGUUGUUUGUCCUCUAAUAGCAUACAUCCUAACUUCUUGCAUUGUUGGGUGUUCAUUUUACAUCUCAGCCUUAAUGGAAAACCAAGUGAUCGCAUUGAAGGAGAAAGGAAUUGCGGCUGAAUAUCUCUCUUCAAACCAAACAUCACACGCCAAAAACAAGAUCCACGAGGACCUUGAUUCUGGAAAACCAUCGCUUAGGCUGCUGUAUGUAACGCCAGAAUUGAUUGCAACUCCUGGGUUCAUGUCAAAGCUGACUAAGAUCUAUGCUAGAGGGUUGUUGAAUCUCAUUGCCAUAGAUGAGGCACAUUGUGUCUCAACUUGGGGUCAUGAUUUCAGGCCUAGCUACCGUAAGCUUUCAUCCCUGCGGAACCAGCUUCCUGAUGUACCAAUUUUGGCUUUGACAGCUACUGCUGCUCCUAAAGUUCAGCAGGAUGUGAUAGAGUCCUUAUGCUUGCAAAACCCGUUAGUCCUUAAAUCAUCUUUUAAUCGUCCUAAUAUAUAUUAUGAAGUUCGAUACAAAGAUCUUCUAGAUGAUGCCUAUGCUGAUUUGUCUAACUUACUCAAAGUGACUGGAGACGUUUGUGCAAUUGUAUAUUGCCUUGAACGUACAACCUGUGAUGACUUGUCUGCUCAUCUAUCAAAAACUGGCAUUUCAUCUGCUGCUUAUCACGCAGGACUGAAUAAUAAAGUGCGGACAUCUGUCUUAGAUGAUUGGAUUUCUUCUAAGAUACAAGUAGUAGUGGCCACAGUAGCUUUUGGGAUGGGUAUUGAUAGAAAGGAUGUCAGAAUUGUUUGCCACUUUAAUAUUCCAAAGUCAAUGGAAGCCUUCUAUCAAGAGUCAGGUAGAGCUGGCCGCGAUCAGUUACCCUCAAAAAGUCUCUUGUACUAUGGAAUGGAUGAUCGCAAAAAAAUGGAAUUUAUUCUUAGCAAUAGUGAGAAGAAGAAGUUACAGUCCUUGAGGUCAGAGGAAGGAUUGUCAAAAAAGUCAUUGACUGACUUCAUUCAGAUGGUUGAGUUUUGCGAAGGUUCUGGAUGCCGAAGGAAAAAGAUUCUUGAGAGUUUUGGGGAACAGGUACCUGCAUCACUAUGUAGAAAAUCAUGUGAUGCUUGCAAACAUCCAAACUUAGUGGCCAAGUAUUUGGAGGAACUCACAACUGCUUGUGCUGUUCGGCAGAAAAGUAGUUUUUCUCAAAUUUUUAUAAGCAGCUCCUCAGAUAUGAUUGACGGAGAACAAUUAUCUGAAUUCUGGAAUCGUGAUGACGAUGAGACAAGAGAUUCUGAUGAGGAUAUAUCUGACUAUGAUGACAAUACCACUAAAGGUGUUCGGAGCCUAGCAGGGUCAAAGUUACCAUCACAUUUGGGACUAGAUGAGAAGAUGGAGUUUUUGCAGCGUGCGGAAGAAAGAUAUUACCAGAAUAAUAUCUCUGAUAGACAGAAUAAGAAACUAGAGAAGAAUGUCAUAUCUGAGACUUUGAGGGAAUCAAGCAAGCAAAGAUUACAAAAUGCUCUAAAGCAGGCUCAGCAGCGGCUUGGCAACUUGAAAAUUGAAGUGGAAACGUCCGCUUGUUUCCUUGAAAAUGAGUGCUACAAGAAAUAUGGGAAGACUGGAAAAUCAUUUUAUUAUUCACAAGUGGCGAGUACUGUAAGGUGGCUGUCAACCACAAGUUUGUCGGAGUUAACUACUCGGCUUGGCACUGCCACCAGUUUGACCUCGGAGGACAUUUUGUCUAAAGCAGAGCCUUCUACAACAUCAUUGCCUUUGUUGGAUCAAGGACCAACAAAAUUCACAAGCGAAGAGCUCAAUGGCAACUCUAGAUCGGAGAUUUCAUUAGGAGUUUCACCACUACAAAGUACUUUGUCUAGUACAGAGCUUCCGGUAAUUCCAUCGUUCUCCGAUUAUGUCAACGGCAGUAAGGCAAAAGGAAGCCUAACUAAUACCUCACAAGAGCAAUUACCUAGAACAACAGUUCAGAAGAACCCCGGGAAAAGGAUGAAAUUGUAAAAAGGUUUUUUUUAUUUUUUAUUUUUUAAGUAAUUAUUACUUCGGUUCAUGAUUCUAUGGAUGUACACAACCAUUAUAGUUCUGUGUAUUUUUUCCUAAUUAACCAUUACUAGUUUUUUCCCCCUAAAUUGCACCUUACUAGUUUUUUUCUA